UCACUCGGGAGUUGUGCAGCCGUUCGUUGGUCUACUUGGACAUUCUGAUUUAGUGCUUACUUAAAAACACACACACACAUAUCAUUAUUCUUUAUUAUUAUUAAAGAAACAAAAGUAUUGCUUAAAUACUGGUUUGCAGAAUAACACUGAUUAAUAGAAAGUGCAACAAACCACAAAGCAUCUGUUCUUCGUCAAAGUGCAAGAAAGAGUGCGAAAAAGAGAGACCGCAUCCGCAGCAGCAGCAACAGCAGCAUCAUCAUCUUCGACAGCAUGGCACAGAAGACGGCAGAGGCAGAGGCCAAAGAUCAACAUACGCAGCGCGAUCAUAUCGACGAUGAUGAAGUCACCGAACUUCAGAGCCCGGCCAGCUUCUAUGAGAAGGUGCGUGAGCAGGCCGAAAGAUUCGCCAGCACCCGAUUGGGCCAAUUGGUCAUUGAGCGUGUCGAUCGCGGCCUGAAGUUAAUCGAGGAUACGACCAAAUGGAGUCUACCACAGGAUAAGAAUUCGAGUGCCGUUGUACUGGAGCGUCCGUUGCCCUGGGCUCCAUUUCUGCUGCUAAUCAUCCUGCUGCGCCUGGUGCGCAUCUGGCUCUCUGUGGGCGCCCUGAUGAUCGGCGACGGACCAGUGGCGCCAACGGACAUGAUAUACUUUAUACAGACGCGUCGUCACAAGCUGCGCGCCAUACGCGUCCAUGGCUUGCGGGUGAUGCGAAAUCGCCAGCAGGAGAUGUCCCCCGGCAAGAGUUUCACCCAGAAGUUGAGUCUGUGGUUCAAUCGCGCCAUCUGUCGACCGGGCGUGCAGCGGGAAAACAGCGGAAGGGCAUUCAAUAUGCACAGCUCGGAUCAACAGCCGGCAAAUCAGAGCGUGACGAAGCGAUCGCUUGAGGAUGAGUCGAAUGAGGAUGACAAUUUGACCAUCGAUGAGAUGUUGGCCAAAUAUGCCAACCAGAACUCCGAGGAUGAUUCCGAUUUUGUUCCCAGUGAAGAGAAAGACAGCGGCAGCAGCAGCAGCAACACGAGCGACGGCGACAGCGACAGCCACACAAGCGAACUGAUGACCAGCAGCGAGGAGCAGCAAUUGGUCGAGAACCGCGAUAAGAUUUUGGCAGAAAUGAGCAACAAGGAAAAUCCGGAAAAGCCGAUUACUGUCAAUGGCAGCAAUGGCAGCAGCGAGCAGGCGGAACUUGUCCCAGCAGCACAUCUCAGGGCAUCGAAAGUUAAAGCGGAGCAAUGGAAAUCGUCGCCAGGUCAUCUCAGCGCCGCCUUGAUGAAAACGCAGAUGUAUAAUAAUAUAACUGCCGCAGCCAAUCCUGAAUCCACAAGCAAUUCCACUCCAUACACCACCUCCCAGCCCGACUCUGAUCCUGAUCCCUCAACGGAUAACGAUAACGAUAACGAUAACAAUACUGACGACACGGACAGCAGCAGCACGAUCACUGUCUGCCAGCAACAGCAGCAGCCACAGCCACAGCCACAGCUGCCACAGCAAACAGAAGACCACAAUGCAACCACAACUACGAUAUCUGACAUAUGCAAUCCUAACCCAGAUCAUCCCACUGUUGAAACCCUAACGCCCGCUACAUCCUCUGAAGAUAUUUUCUAUAGUCCCAUCGGUUCGCCCAACAAUUUCAACAGCAGUCUUGGCACCCAGGCCCUUCUGAAGAGCGCUGCCAUUAAUGCGGCUCCCUUUCAUUCUACACCCAACUCUGAGCUGGAUGAAAUACAUUCAGCUGGCUCUGAAACGGAGGAAGCAGCCAGGCAGAGCAUCUAUCAGGCCGACCAACAGGACACCCAUCCAGCGGGCAAACCAUUCAAGCAACAACAGCAGCGCCAAUUCAAUCAUUCUCAUCAGCGUUUCCGUGGACGCAACCGACGCUAAGCCGACUGCUCUCCCAUCCCAAAGUGCAUUUUCUUUUUAAUACUAUAUCCUACUAUGCUUGCCUUAUACACUCGUUACACUUCUACUAUUGUUAGUAAUAUUUGAGUAAAUCUUUUGAAAUUUA